AUGUCCAUUCGACACCGACAUUCCGUUUGCGCCAAUGGGGCAUCAAACCCCCACGAGAAGGAACAUCAGUCGAUGCAAGUGAGCGUGUUCCCCGUCGACAAUUGGCAGGUCGUAGAUGUAACUUCCAGCUUUGUUUGCAGAUAUUUGACACUGAACAUAAAUCGCUUUUCUUAA